AUGGAUCAUAUCCAUUACGAGGAUGAAAAUAGUAGAUACAUUACUCUUGCAUGUGUGGAAAAGGUAUUGUGUAUGCUUGCUUGUUGGGUUGAAGAUCCAAAUGGGGAAUAUUUUAAAAAGCACCUUGCAAGGAUUCCUGAUUACUUGUGGGUUGCUGAAGAUGGAAUGAAGAUGCAGAGCUUUGGAAGCCAGGAGUGGGAUACUGGUUUUGCCGUUCAAGCUUUGCUUGCUUGUAAUCUCACACACGAAAUUGGACCAACUCUUGCCAAAGGUCAUGACUUCAUAAAGAAAUCUCAGGUGAAAGAAAAUCCUUCGGGCAACUUUAAAAGUAUGUAUCGCCACAUCUCUAAAGGAUCAUGGACAUUUUCUGAUCAAGAUCAUGGAUGGCAAGUUUCUGAUUGCACUGCAGAAGGUUUAAAGGCUUGCCUGUUGCUCUCUUCUAUGCCACCGGAGAUUGUUGGUGAAAAAUUAGAACCUAAGCGACUCUAUGAUGCUGUAAAUGUUAUACUUUCUCUUCAGAGUAAGAAUGGCGGUUUACCUGCAUGGGAGCCGGCAGGAGCACAAGAAUGGUUGGAACUACUUAAUCCCACUGAGUUCCUUGCUGACAUUAUUGUCGAGCACGAAUACGUUGAAUGCACUUCAUCAGCAAUCCAAGCUCUGGUUUUGUUCAAGAAGUUGUACCCUAGACACAGAAAUAUCGAAAUUGAAACUUUUAUAACAAAUGCUGUUGGGUUCCUACAGGACAUACAAAUGCCAAAUGGCUCAUGGUACGGCAAUUGGGGAGUUUGCUUUACAUAUGCCACAUGGUUUGCUUUGGGAGGACUAGCAGCUACUGGCAAGACAUACAAUAACAAUUCUGCCACUCGAAAAGCAGUUGAAUUUUUACUCACAACACAAAGAAAUGAUGGGGGUUGGGGUGAGAGCUAUCUUUCAUGCCCAAACAAGGAAUUUGUACCUUUAGAAGGAAAUCGAUCUAAUUUAGUACAGACUGCAUGGGCGAUGAUGAGCCUAAUACAUGCUGGCCAAGAAGAAAGAGAUCCAAAUCCUCUUCAUCGUGCGGCAAAGUUGAUCAUUAAUUCUCAAAUGGACAAUGGUGAUUUUCCACAAGAGGAAAUAACGGGAGUUUUCAAUAGGAAUUGUAUGCUACAUUAUGCAGCAUAUAGAAACAUCUACCCACUUUGGGCGCUUGCAGAAUACCGUAGGUGGAUUCCACUACCUUCCAAGGCAUGA